AUUCUUUUCAAAAAUAUGAUAGAAAGGUAGUUAACCUACACGAUUUUUUAAUUUACGGACUAUGGGAAAAAAGGAAAGAUCUAAAAAGCAAAGAAAAUCUUCAGUAAAACAAGAAACUGAAAAUGAGCCUUUUUCAGCUUUAAAAAAGAGAAAUCCUCUGCAAACUGACAAAAUCCAGAAGACGCCUGCAAAGCCAAGGAAUUUCCGUUAUGUUCCUCCAUUCGAGCGCAACCAUCGGUUUUUAUUAAUUGGUGAAGGGAAUUUCUCGUUUGCAGCUUCUUUACAAAAGCAUCAUAUAGAUAGUGAGGCUGUUCUAUUGGCAACCUGUUACGACAGCAAAGAAGACGUAGAGCUCAAGUAUCCUGACUCUUCAGAAUAUAUUGAACAGGUUUUGCAAAAUGGAGGUGAAGUUCUGUACGAUGUGGAUGCUACUAAGCUAAAGCAAAAUCGAAAGCUUAAGAAUAGACAAUUUGAUACAAUUCUGUGGAACUUUCCACACUCUGGAAAGGGUAUAAAAGACCAAGAUCGAAAUAUCCUGGAUAAUCAAAAAAUGCUUUUAGAGUUUUUUAAACAGUCGAAAGAGCUCCUUUCGGAAAAUGGAGUCAUUGUCAUUACUCUUGCUGAAACGAAACCAUACAGUAUGUGGAAUCUAAAAGGACUAGCCAAAGAGGCAGGUUUCAUUAGUUUAAUGACCGAACCUUUUGAUUCUUCUUGUUAUCCUGAAUACUCUCAUCGACGUACAAUUGGAUGGAAGGAGGGAAUAAGUGAAAAAUCUCCCUGGAAAGGCGAACUGAGGGAUUCUCGACAUUACUGUUUUGUUGCUGCAGGAAGCAAAGUAGUUCCUUAUAAUCAAAGAAAAACUUUUAAACCAAAGCAAGAUUCAAUAGAUAGUUCUGAUGAUUCUCUAGAUUAAAAAUUCAUGAGCAUUCGCAAACGAAUUUACCUACUGCGAUUUCUUACACAUCACCCUCACACCCACAAGUUCAC